AUGAAUAAUGUCCCCCCACAUGGAGCUCAGCCUUAUGAGAACAGCCUCUACAACUCAGAAUCUCUGAGCCUGGACCUUACCUCCAGGUUAGCUAUGGAUGUGAGUAGUCAUGCGGACCAGCUCUCUGCCCCUUCCCUGACUAGCAUCAACUCCCUGGUGGGCACUUACGCUGGUGAGUUUAAUGCCUGUCAGAUUGCCACAGCUCCUACCACCGCCUCGGACCCUGAGCCGCUCUUCAAAAUGGAUGACUUCCAGGUUUACGGCUGCUACCCUGGCACCUUGGCCCUGAGCUACUUCGACGAAGCCCUGUCUUCUGGUGGCUCUGACUUUUUCGGCAGCCCUGUGUCAGCCCAGUCUCCCUGUACUCCAGGUUUCCAGACCCAGCCUGCGUCAGUUUGGGACUCGGCCUUCGGUCCAUACUCUCCCAACCCGGGCAGCUGGGUGGCUGAUAAGACUGCAUUAACACAGCCACCCUCUUUCUUCACCUUCUGUCCCGGCUCAGUGGAGGAUCUGUCUCCUCUUGGCCAGCCACAGCCCCAGCUGGCUGAGCAAGACCCCUUCUCUCUGGGCCAGCAGCACCCCUCCCCCCUGUCCUUCUCCCCUCUAACCCAGGAUCCAGGCACCCUAGAUGUCUCAGGCCUCAUUGAAGGGAGAAUGUCUGCGAAACCGCACAGCCCUACUGAAAACGAGGGUCUCUGUGCUGUUUGUGGGGACAACGCCUCCUGCCAGCACUAUGGGGUUCGCACAUGUGAGGGCUGCAAAGGUUUUUUCAAGCGUACUGUACAGAAAAAAUCUAAAUACGUGUGCCUUGCCAACAAGGACUGUCCAGUUGACAAGCGGCGACGGAACCGCUGUCAAUUCUGUCGUUUCCAGAAGUGCCUGGCAGUAGGCAUGGUGAAAGAAGUUGUGAGAACAGAUAGCUUAAAAGGUCGAAGAGGUCGUCUGCCCUCCAAGCCAAAAGCAGUCCAGUGCCUAUCGUCUGCUGUGUCUCGAGUCGACAUCAUUGCCUCUCUUGUGAGAGAAUACAUUGAAUCAAACUCUGGUGUUGGGAAACUGGACUACUCCAAGUACCAGGAGACUGUGGCCAGUCUGUCAGAGAAAGAGGACACUUGUGACAUCAAACAGUUCUACAACCUCCUCACGGAGUCCAUGGACGUGAUCAGAAAGUGGUCUGAGAGCAUCCCUGGGUUCACCUCCUUCUGCUCCGAGGACCAGGAGCUGCUACUGGAGUCAGCCUUCUUAGAACUGUUCAUCUUGCGACUAGCAUACAGGUCCAACCCUGAGACGGACAAGCUGAUCUUCUGCAAUGGCAUGGUGCUUCACCGGAUGCAGUGUAUACGGGGCUUCGGUGACUGGAUAGACUCCAUCAUGAACUUCUCCCAGAGCCUCCACCGCAUGAACCUGGAUGUGUCAUCCUUCUCCUGCCUCACAACUCUGGUCAUAAUCACUGACCGCCACGGCCUGAAGGAUCCAAAGCGGGUGGAGGAGUUCCAGAGCCAGCUAAUCACCUGUCUCAGAGAUCACGUCUCCAGCUGCGCCCCCGACACCACUGGGCCCAACUACCUCUCCCGCCUUCUGGGAAAACUGCCCGAGCUACGGACUCUCUGCACCCAGGGCCUGCAACGCAUCUUCUAUCUCAAGCUUGAGGACUUGGUCCCACCACCCCCCAUAGUUGACAGAAUGACCAUGGAUGUUCUGCCUUUAUGAGAGCGAGAAAAGACAAUACCGACUGUGCACUUGUGCUGCUAAAGGGAAGAUAAAGGGACGUCAAAUGAUCAAGCGGUCUCAGUGUUGAGUAGGGACAAAUUAAGGAAACUAUACUCCCAAAGAUUUCACGUGAAAGUACUGAAUUAUACUGUAAGACUUAAAAAGGUAUGAAGCUAUUCAAGCACUAUCGUACUUGAGGAAAAAUUGGCCUCUCUCGUUCAUUAGCAAUGGCUGUAGUAUGGUGAUGAAAAUGUGUUAUCAUUGAAAUAGUUUUCCUUGUUUUAGUGCAGUAUUUCAGACUUAUGGCUUUGAGUGUGCACUAACUGUUAGUGUGCCACCAAUGAUCCACAACUAAAAUGGUUGACAGUGGUCAACUGUGGGAGGUGAGGUGGACGUGGUUCAUUUACACACAGCUUCAGUAGUGUAAUGGAGAGGGAAUAUCUACAGAAUAGUUGUUUUAUACAUACAUAAUUCUAUUUUUAUAUCAAUUUAGAAAACAAACAAACAGACCUUGUGGGAGAUCUGUUAGAUGACUGAUGUGAUGUAGUUGU